UUGACGUUUAUUUCUAAUGUUUUGUUGAUGUUUGUUUGAAAAUGUACGCUACUGAUGUACAUUUUGCAAACAUUAUGCAUCAACGCCGGUGAUACAAAACUCUAGUGAUAUUUUUUUUUAAUUCGUUAUAGGUAGAAAUGAAUACGCUGAAAUCUAAACCACUAGUAGCGCCAAAGAUUUGGAAGCGGGAUGAAAUUCUCACAUUUUUAGAUAUCUUUGAAUCAACCUUCCACGCUUCGGUUGAGGAACCCUUCGAAUCGGAAGAGGACAUGUGGAAAUGUGUGGCAGAUAAAUUGUUGGAGCAGGGCAUAUCAGCCUCCGUUCAACAAUGCAUAAAUAAGUGGAACUUUUUGUACAAAACAUACAUCAGCAAUCAGAAUCGACAGGGUGUUUUCUACGCGAAGGUGAAGCGAAUUGUUGAAUUCUCACAGGAACUCAACGAGCAACAGGAAUCGGUGGAAACGGUAGCCGAUGAGCAAGUAGUAGAAUACGACUCGGAAGCAUUCAUCAAACAGGAGAAGCCAUCUCACGAUGCUGAAAGGGAAGAAAUAGAAGACCAUUUGAAUGAGCAUGAAGAAAACCACGAUCAUAUUGAGGAGAUCGUCACUAGUCACGAAGAAACGUUGGAAGAAAAUACUGCAUUGGACUUACAUGAUGUUCAACCUGAGUCUCAGUGUGAUAGUGUAGCAGAAAUGACUUAUGCUGAAACACCUGCAAAGAAAAUAAAAUUAUCAGACGAUGUGGAUACCGUUACUGGUAAUUCUAGUCAGCAAUCACCCAAACAUUUCACCGAAGAAAAUACAAAUUUACGGGAUAUUCUUCAAACGAUUCUCGGUAAAAUAAAUGCAAUUCAAGAUGAGCAAAUCCGGCAAGGGCACCGAAUUGCUGAUAUAGAAAAACGUCAAGACGAGCAUAAAUCCAUAUUAUUGGAUAUAAAGAAGCACAUUGGAUUCAAGUAAUUUUGCAUUGUAUCUUGUUUUGUAAUUCCUCUUUAUAUGAAGGUUUUUUUCAAUGUAUGUUCUAGUACAUCAAAUAAACUAUAUUGUACCUGUA